UUUAGUAGCAAAUUUCCAUAUUUAAUUUAACUGAAUGAUAAAUAGGAAAAUAAACUUGAAUAAUGGAAAUUUAGGAAAGGGAACCUUAAAAAGUUACACGUCACCAACCUAACCGAAUACAAGUUUAAAAGGGUUUGAAGCUCUGUUUCGCUCCAACUUCCCCCACAAAUUCUAAUCUUUGCUCAUUGACAACGAUCUUGAUUCUAAUCUUUGCACCGCAAAACCCUAAAGCUAAAAGAAAACCAUUGGCGAGUACGUAUCUCUGAGAUGGAGGAGGAGAGACCCUCGAUGUUGCCGUUUAGCACAAGUUUUGAUCCCUCGAAUCCAUUAGAGAGUCUGGAGAAACUCGUUGAAUUUAUUGGGAAAAAUAGUAAUUUUCUGAUCAAAAACAAGGCGGAGAAGGACAUCACCACCGCUGUUACAGCCGCCAUCGCCAAGGAGAGGCUGAGGAGAACAGAGAAGGAGAGUGUCAUCAUGACUUCGAAGUCAGAAACUCAGCCUGAGGAAUCUAAAGAGAAGAUCAGCAAGAAAGCAGCAAAGAAAGAAGCCGCCAAGCUAGAGAAGUUGCGCCGCCGGCAGGAAAAAGAAGAAGAAACCCGUAAGACAGCUUCAAUGUCUGUCGAAGAUGAAGAUGACGAGUACUCCAGUAACUACGGCAACGUGAAUCUUAGCGAGUUACCUGAUCCGAAAGCCAGAAAGUGGAGAGAGGCUGUUGAAGGAAAGGAGUGGACUGAUGUUAGUGAUUUAGUGGGAGAGAUGGUUGGAUCAGAGGUUCUAAUCAGAGGCCGAGUGCACACGAGUCGCUUAUUCUUUGUGUACUUGAGGCAAAGUGGAUCCACGGUGCAGUGCGUGGCCAAACAAAAAAACAUGAUUAGAUUUCUCAAGCAGCUGAGUAAUGAAUCAAUUGUUGAUGUUAUUGGUGUUGUCUCUCUCCCCAAGGAUCCUGUGACCGUAGCCACACAGCAGGUUGAAAUUCAUGUGAGAAAAGUGUACUGCCUCAGCAGAUCCUUGCCACAAUUACCACUUAUUGUGGAGGAUGCUGCCAGAAGUGAAACGGAUAUGCAUUACUUUAAAAAGGAUGGCACACCAGCUGUACGUGCUCGUAUCCUUCAAGACACACGUUUGAAUAAUAGGGUGCUUGACCUCCGAACACCAGCUAAUCAAGCCAUCUUCUCCUUAACGUGCCGAUUCAAAUAUACGUUCGCGGAGCUCCUAGUAUCCGAGGAUUUUAUAGAUAUCAACACACCGAGACUUAUAGGUGGUACAAGUGAAGGAGGUUGUGCUGUAUUUAGCUUUGAUUACAAAGGCCAGCCUGCUUGUCUGGCUCAGUCUCCUCAGCUACAUAAGCAGAUGGCAGUAUGUGGUGAUUUUCAACGCGUCUUUGUGAUAGGUCCUGUUUUCAGGGCAGAAGAUUCGUUCAGUCAUAGACACCUGUGUGAAUUCACUGGUGUUGAUGUAGAGAUGGUGAUUCGAAAAGACUAUACUGAGUUAAUGGACCUGGUGGAGCGCUUAUUUCUGCCUACAUUCACUAAGAUAAACGACAUGUUCUCAAAGGAACUGGAAGCUAUCAAUAAGCAAUAUCCAUUUGAACCUUUGAAGUUUCUACCGAAAACACUUUUGCUAACCUAUGAAGAAGGGAUUCAAAUGCUUAAGGAAGCUGGUAAGGAGGUUGAUCCUUUUGGAGAUUUAAACGCAGACUCUGAGAGAAAACUUGGCCAGCUCAUUCGGGAAAAAUAUAACACAGACUUUUACAUACUGCACCGCUUUCCUCUAGCAGUUAGGCCAUUCUACACCAUGCCAUGUGAAGACGAUCCUCGUUACAGCAAAUCCUUUGAUGUCUUUUUGAGAGGCGAGGAGAUCAUAUCAGGAGGCCAACGUAUCCAUGACCCAGAAUUGUUGGAGAAACGUGCAAGAGAAUGUGGCAUUGAUGUCAAGACACUAUCCACAUACAUCGAUUCAUUCAGGUACGGUGCACCUCCACAUGGUGGAUUCGGAAUGGGGCUGGAGCGAGUGGUCAUGCUCUUCUGUGGACUGGACAACAUCCGUAAAACAUCCCUCUUCCCUCGUGACCCUCAUAGGCUUGCACCUUAAUUAUAAGAGUUUUUAUUCAUUCUGUAGGAUUUGUUAUUCAUAAAUAGAAAAACCAAAGUUAGGGAUUUUUGUGGAUAUCUCUUGAACCUCUCCAUUGUAAUUGGUUCAACCAUUGUUCUACAUCUCCUUUGGGUUUUUUCACAUAAGCAAAUAAAAUUCAAAGCCCACUUAAAUAAA